AUGCAUGUCAACUCUCUCCACAGGGUGGAUGUUGUAUUUAUAGAUAGGGCUGGCAAGCGCAUCCCUGCUAAAGGAAAGAUUGGAGAGAGUGUUUUGUACCUUGCUCAUAGGUACGGCAUUGACUUGGAAGGGGCCUGCGAAUCUUCCCUCGCCUGUUCCACGUGUCAUGUCUAUGUCAGCCCAGAGUAUUUUGAUCAACUUCCUGAGCCAGACGAGAGGGAAGAUGAUAUGUUAGACAUGGCACCAUUAUUACAAGAGAACUCCAGACUUGGAUGUCAAAUUAUUCUCACUAAAGAACUGAAUGGAGCCGAGUUUACACUUCCCAAAAUAACCAGAAACUUUUAUGUGGAUGGACAUGUUCCCAAACCGCACUGA